CGUGAUGGCAGACGUGAUCGCCGAACUUCAAAGAGGAGUUCGCCAGCGAAAAUCCAGUUUACGCGACGCAGAGUCGCGCCAAGAAGAAGAAGGCGGUAACCUCAUCAAGGGGAGACCCCAACAAACCGAGCCACGUCCCAUCAUCAAGCUUCUGAAGCGCUGCUACAGCGUCAGCACCUCUGUCUGUAAGCUGGUGCUUGCGGCGGUACUUCUGUUGAUACUCGUAAACUUGAUGUCAAAUCUUGCUUUUAAAACCGUUACCAGCGAACGUUUAGGGCUCAUGCCCGCGGGUAACAAGAGUAACAGCAGCAGUGCAACGAGUUCUCGUAACGUUACCCGUAGCGGUAACGUAACGGGCGCCGGUAAUCCACAGCACCCGCGUGACGCAAUGAACAUAGUAAAUUCAACACGUACCAAAAAUGCGACACUUUUGCGUAACUCAACUGGCAACACUAACGCAACGGGUGCCAGUAACGUACCACUGACGGGUAACGCAACGGGUGCCAGUAACGUACCACUGACGGGUAACCAAACCGGCAACAAUAACGCAACGGGUGCCAGUAACGUACCACUGACGGGUAACGCAACGGGUGCCAGUAACGUACCACUGACGGGUAACCAAACCGGCAACACUCACACAACGGGUGCCAGUAACGUACCACUGACGGGUAAUCAAACCGGCAACACUAACGCAACGGGUGCCAGUGACGUACCACUGACGGGUAACCAAACCGGCAACACUCACGCAACGGGUGCCAGUAACGUACCACUGACGGGUAACCAAACCGGCAGCACUCACACUGCAUCACCAAGGCAACCAACCGAGAAGAAGUGAAGCCGUUUUCUGAACUGACAAUAACAAUUCACCAGCAACCCAACGAAAUGAGACAGCUUCUCUUUACCUAAAGCAGAGACCGAUGCAGGCGGAGAUGAUCUCUGCAGAUCAGGAUCGCUGGCCCAGCGCUCUCUGACAUGU